UUCAUGCAUCCAAAUUUACCUGAAGUUCACCUGUGCUAUUUGAAAAUACUUGUACUUAUAAUAUUUGUUAAUCUUUGCCCCUUAUGCCAUUUUCAAGCUAUACAGUAUCCUGAGAUUCCUUGGUCUAAAAAUGAUGAUGGAACUGCAUGCAUUAUACCUGAAACCAUGAGAGGUUCAUGGUAUUUAGAAGAACGUGGAUCUGGUACAUCCAUGAAAAUAACACAUGACUAUAUUCAAGAUUUGGGAAAAUGCGUAAAGAUGAGAUUUAAUGAUGGAUAUUCAGUUUAUAGAAACACAUUUUUGUUUAAAUCAGAAAAAUGCAAAACAUGUGUUUCAAUUGUUUAUAGAACUCAAAAUGUUUUGGAAUAUAAAAAAUUGGAAUGCAUUGAUGAUGAUACAUCUAGAACCAUGGUUGAUAUAUGUGCCGGAGUCGAUGUGCUUGAAUUAAUUACCAUGUUCGCCUUGACUCCUACUCCAGUGAAUUGUCGAUCUAGCAUGGAGGGAGUUUUCAAAUUCGAGUAUCGAUAUUCUUCUCAGACCGGCUACUGUAGAAGCCCGGACAAUAAGAUAAGGGCCUGUCAAAGGCCUGGUACCCAUUUUUCAGCUCAAAAUGAAAGAUUUUACAUGAAUUAUUCCCGUUGUGAUAGCGUCGUUGAUAGGAUAGAGGACGACCCCUACGCCACCAGCAAUAAACAAGGAAGCGACAGGUAUAAGAGCGCCAACAUAAUAUACUCAUGCCUGGGCCAAUGGGAACUAACGAACGGCAACGUCUACUUUGCCGUAGCAAAUCUAGGCGAAUCUCAACUACAUCUCAAAUAUCGUUGCUUUUUAACGCGUAGGGAUCAGCCUUUACACAUGACCAAAUCGAGCAGAGCCUCGUGUAGCGAACUGAGAAAUGCCAGGGAAGGACCUGAAAUGCUUAGACUCACUCAAAUGGAAUUUUCUCGCGUUUUACCCACUUGUCAUUUUCCGAAAAAUUUUAGCGGCAAUUGGAUUAACACUGCUAAUUACGAUUCUAGAGUAGUCAUAAAUUCCACUCAUAUUUAUGAAGAAAAUUUACAAAACCAAAUGUUGCUCAGGAAAACAUAUUAUGUGUGCAAAGAAUCUAUGGGUAAUUACUACCUAACUGCCCGCCUAAGUUAUUCUGGAUGCCAAAUCGAUUACGUGUGCUGGGACUUUCAAAACCUUCUUCCGUCCUACUCCUCUUUUUCCCCUCCCACAUCUCGUUCUGACCACCACCAGUCUUCGUUUUCCAACUCAAUCGAUAAUAAUAAUCCAUUUAAUUCCAAUCCACAAUCUACCUCCUUUAAGCACAACAAUAUUUUGAGGUACAGGGUUAGUUCCGCCAUUGUUGAUAAUAGGUUUGAUCAAGUGUGCCAACUCAACAACUUUCAACAGGUAGCAUUGAGCAAUAUCGGGGGAAACGGAAUUUGGAAGUAUUCCACGCUAUUAGCAGAAUCUCGAGCACAUACACCUUGCCCUAUACAAGGUCGGUAUAGGUUCGAACAAAAGGGUCAAACACAGUUAGACGAUAGGAUUAUUGGAGGAAUUACAGCGGUUCCAGAAGUCAGGGUUACAUGCAAUAAUGUAGAAUCAGAACUGAGGGUAUGUUCUAAGGACGCCUCCAAAAUGCUAAUUGACGUCCACAAAUGUGUGAGCCUUGAUUCCCGGGGUAAACCGUUAGGGGAAUUCGAUAAAGUAGAUUACGAAAUGUCCUGCAUAGGUUAUUGGCGGGAAGAUUCUCUUUCCUACCUGAUAACGUACGAUGAAAAUGAUUCUGCUAGUCGCUACCGAUGCUGGGUAUAUUUAAGGACACAUUUCAAUACAAUAAUUAUGUCACGUUCAAUACAAUCAUAUUGUGGAGUAAAUCAAUUACCCAAUAGCUGGAAUGCUUCUGAAGGAGCAAGCUUAUACCUGAAGCUCAUCGAAAGCGAAAGACAAUUUGAUAAUUGUCCCAUGCGAUUUAAUCCUGGAGACACACCUAACAAAAUUAGUGCAGAUCAAAUAAUUUUGCUCAAUUCAGCCCUCACGAUAUUCAAAAUGCAUUUAACCCUUUAUGGCAUUCUUCUGUCGAUAUUUUAUGGUUUUUUUAUUUAUUUAUAACCCUUUUUUAUAAGAUAAUUCAUACCAUAUUUUACUUUCAAAACUCAAGUAGGCUUUUGAUAAAAAUUACUAUCUGUUGAAAAUAGAAUAUUAGUGUUUUAAUUGUCUUUAAUUAAUAUUUCAAGGAAUAUAUAUAAUUAUUUUUUUUUAAAUUAACUAGCAAAAUUUAGAAUAGAAUUAUACAAAUAUCAUGUUAUUUACACAGAUAAUAAUUGUUUAUUGAUUUCUAUACAUAUUUUAUUAUAUAUAAAACCACUCAUCUAAUUUUAUAUGAUAUUUAUUUUUUAAACAUUUUUAUAAAUAUUUUAUUAUCUAUAAAACCACUCAUCUAAUUUAAUAUGAAAUGUAUUUUUUAAACAUUUAUAAAUCAAAAAAACA